AUGGAUACAUUGAUGGACUCUACGUCAGCUAUCGAGGGACAGUCCUCGCAAGUACAACGACAAGUCCGAUUGCGACUGACAUCGCGCCAUACUGAUCUCGCAUUGCCGGAUUCGACUGGUCCUAUUCUCGUUCCUACAGAGCUACGACGAUAUGCCCUAUCCACGCUUGUGAAUAACCUGCUUGAGCUGCCAAAACCAGUCCCCUUUGAAUUUUUGAUAAAUGGGCGCUACCUCCGAACUUCAAUAGACGAAUACCUGACUGCCAAUGGAAUUUCUGCAGAAACAGUCCUUGAUGUCGAAUAUGUUCGAGCGCUCAUUCCUCCACUCCAUGUCGCUUCCUUUUUGCACGACGAUUGGGUGAGCGCCGUUGACGUUUUGUCCGGGACCUCUCAUGCUGCGCAAUGGAGCAGCAAAGAGAUACAGUCAGGAAAAGAGAGGAUAUUGUCUGGUAGCUAUGAUGGGCUGCUAAGGAUGUGGAAUAUGUCGGGAGAGACUAUUGCUGUUUCUCCAUCGGGUGGGAAUGGCGGGCACAGUUCAUCGAUAAAGGGUGCUCGAAUGACCUCGCCAAACCAGAUUGUGUCUUGCGGAAUUGACCGAACUGUGCGAUUGUGGAAGUACAGCGAAAGCGAAGAUGGAUUUUCGGCCUCAAUCACUCCUCAAGUUGAAUACUACGGGCACAAGGGAAGCGUUGACUCUAUUGCGGUUCAUGGUCCGUCAAACAGGAUACUCUCUGCCUCUGCCGAUAACACCGUGGGAUUCUGGUCUAUGAAGAAAUCUGAGAGCCCCGAGGCACCGUCAGACCUAUUGCCUUCGAGCGCUUCUAGAAGUGCUAAACGGCGGAAAGUCAAAUCCUCUGUCAGCACUCCCCAGCGAGGGCCAUUGGCGUUAUUUGAAUCACAUACAGCACCUGUAUCUGCAGCCAUAUUCGACGCCAAGGAUUCAACUGUUGGGUAUUCGACUUCAUGGGAUCACUCACUUCGGACCUGGGAUCUGGUUACGUCUGCUCUUGUCGAUACCCGAACUACUUCCUAUUCUCUACUAUGCGUUGAACAUCUUCCGCAGCUCACGCUGCUCGCUGCUGGUACGGCUGCUCGGCAUAUUACCCUGAUUGAUCCUCGUGACUCGGCCACGACCGUUUCCGCCAUGACUUUGCGGGGACACACUAAUGUCGUUGUUUCUUUGGCCCGGGAUCCAAACAGUCAAUAUGGACUGAUCAGUGGUAGCCAUGACGGGACAUGCAGAAUAUGGGAUAUACGGUCCACGAAGACUGAAAAGGACGGGGUAGUCGGAGAAAGCAUAUACUCCAUAUCGAGAAAGUCAGUUGAAGACGAAGGAAAACGAGUGGGUGGUGACGGUGUAAAAGUGUUCGACGUUUGCUGGGAUAAAACUGUCGGAAUAGCCAGUGUUGGCGAGGAUAAAGCUAUCCAAAUAAACCGAGGGGAGGGUAUACUCCAGAAAGAUGCAGUAUCAAAAUAA